CCGUUAUGAACAGACAAUACACGCUUUUAAAGUUACGUAAAUAAAAUUUUUAUUGAAUGUCGACUGACAGUCAAAAUUUAAUAAAUAAGUAAAUAAAUGUUCAUAAUUCAAGUGUGUUCAAGUGUAUACACGUUUUUUGCAGAAUCUGUUAAGAGUUCAACUGCUAAACCCGAGCAUAAAGGUUACCAUUUUACACCCUGUGGUAAGAAUGGAACCACGGGUCCUACUAGACAAAUGUGUUACGAGCAUUACAAAGGUACAAACACCGAAGUAGGCAUGAGAGCUGAUAGGUUACCAAUGGCUGGUAUACAAGAAUGGAUUGUACCACACACAGGCGUAUACACGGUGACAGCUAAAGGAGCAGGGGGAGGGAGAGGUCUAAAGAAUAAGUAUAGGAGCCGUGGUAGCGUGGCACGUGCCACUUUUCACUGGAGUAAAGGAGAAGUUAUUUUCAUACUAGUUGGACAGCAAGGAGUAGGACCCUGCAUGUCGACAGAUAACGUCUGUCCAAGAAUGAGGAAAAAAAGGGCAGGUUUGGAUGGGCUGAAGCAAGCAAUGAAAAGGUUAUCCAACGUCGAUAUCGGAGGAGGAGGUGGAGGAGGCACUUUCAUUUUUAAGAAAAACCCUAAAAAUAAUAAUCCAAUGCCUCUUCUGAUUGCCGGAGGAGGUGGUGGAUCAUCUAGUGACUUGAGACCAAACGGUGGUGUCGAUCCCAACGGGCGUGGAUACAACUCUUCUUUGCUAGCUGGAAAUGGAAUGUCGUCACCCAAAGGAGCAGGGGGAGGUGGAGGAUGGAAUGAUACUAAUUCCGAGACGUCAGCUGGUCAGUCGUUGCUUCAGGGUGGAUAUGGAGGAAAUAUUUGUAGUAUGUUACACUCUAUCAGCGAAUCUUACGGUGGAUUUGGUGGUGGAGGUGGUCCUUGUGCUUCCGGUGGUGGUGGUGGAGGAUAUAGAGGAGGAGAUGCUCCAACUUCUGAUAAUCCUUAUACAAAUGGACAGGGUGGUACUUCUUUUUUCAUGGAUAGUGCACUGUAUCCUUAUGUUGAACCAGGAGUCAACGAAGGAGAUGGCUCCGUGGAUAUACUUCCAGCUGAACCGGGUUGUGGUUGUCAAUAUUUAUGUAUUAUUCUCGAGUCGGACAAUUCGACACAUUGCAUCUGUCCAGAAGGUCAAAGCCUAGAGAAAAAUGGAAAGAGUUGUAAAGCAUUCGUUCCCACCACAAAUCUUAGAGAUAGCCAUUAUAUAUCCGUUCAACAUGUCAUCAUGAUAGUCUUUUCAAUGGUCGUCGCAGUGGUACUCAUUGCAUCUUCAGUAUAUAUGGGUGUCACGCGCUAUAAGAAAAAACAAUCACGCGAUAUGAGCCACGAACCUCUCAAUAAUGCUGAAGUCCAGCUUAAUCGUCUAAGACAAGUCGGAGGAAUGGUAACCGAAUAUAAUCCAAAUUACGAAUUCGGUGGUAGUACUUGCACCAUUCAAGACUUGCCACAUGUGCCAAGAGAAAAUUUAACUCUUGUCAAGGUUUUGGGCCAAGGUGCUUUUGGUGAAGUUUAUCGAGGUUAUUUAACAGAUAGAUCGAGCGGAACUGAAACACCUGUAGCAGUCAAGACUUUGCCCGAGUUGUCUUCUAGUCAGGCAGAAAUGGAUUUCUUGAUGGAAGCAUUAAUACUAAGUAAGUUCAAUCACCCGAAUAUCGUCCGGUUUCUUGGUGUUUGCUUCGAAAAGUUGCCACGUUUCAUCGUCUUGGAGCUCCUACCAGGAGGUGAUCUGAAAACGUUCUUGAGAGAAUCCAGACCCAAGCCACACAAGCCGAGCAACCUCACUAUGACUGAUCUGCUGAACGUUGCCAUGGAUGUCGCCAAAGGAUGUCAGUAUUUGGAAGAGAAUCAUUUCAUUCAUAGAGAUAUCGCCGCUAGGAAUUGCCUGUUGACUACCAAAACUUCAGACAGAGUGGUCAAAAUAGCAGAUUUUGGUAUGGCAAGGGAUAUAUAUAGAGCGGAUUAUUAUAGAAAAGGAGGUAAAGCCAUGUUGCCAGUUAAAUGGAUGCCCCCUGAAGCCUUUCUGGAUGGAAUUUUUACUACAAAAACUGAUGUCUGGUCAUUUGGCGUAUUGUUGUGGGAAAUCAUGUCAUUAGGUUAUAUGCCAUAUCCCGGUUGGGGCAAUCAAGAAGUGAUGCAAUUGGUAACAUCAGGAGGAAGAUUGGAUCCACCUAACAAUUGUCCUAAUCAAAUCUACCACAUUAUGAUGCGAUGCUGGCAUCCGAUACCCGAAGAAAGGCCAAAUUUUGCUACAAUUAUAGAACGUUUGGGAUAUUGUCUGCAGGAUCCUGAUGUCAUCAGAGCACCUCUGCCCAUCUUCCACAGGCCUCCUUCUAUGGAGAGAGAUGCCACCGUCAUGAGGCCACCCGAUUCUGAAAAUUCGUGUUUACAGAUACAAAGGCACGAGAUCGUCUCUCCAGGUUCAGAGGAUUACUUGAUCCCCAUGCCAUCUUCCAAUUACAGUUUGGCUACCGACAAUACCGAAAUUCAAUCCUCGCCUAGUCUUGGCUCCAUCGAUCAACUGCUCGAAUUAGACGAGAGUAAUAGCUCAAAACGUAAACAAGAAACGGAACGUGCUACUAGAGAAACAAAUCUGUCUCAACCACCUUUCGACAAGAAAGGAUAUAAAGCAGUCCCUACCAAAGAUAACCGUGGGGGUCUUUCCAGUUCUGAAAGUCUAGAAGCCCUACCAGUGGCACCGAGUGUGGACUCUCAAGCCGAUUUGGCACUCAACGUGGAGGCUUUACAACGGCAAACGGCCAAUCAGCCCAUGCGUUACAUCAACGUCGAAGUCAAUCGGGACAAACAAUCGAGUCCAGCGUACGAUGGUGUGGAAGGUGUCAAUCCAGUAGCAUAAAAUCGAAAGAAAAAAAAUUGUAUAUAUUGGAAAAAAAUAAGUACUGUACAUGUAGAGAAAACUUUGUACAUCUCUUUCUCUUCGGUCUCUGUGCACUUUUUAGUCGUGUCUUCUUCACCUUUGUCGUGUCUGGUAAUUGGUUCUUCUUAAUUUUUAAAAUCUUGUAUGAUUACAUUCCUAAAAGUUGAAAGAAAUACGGGAACGUUCAAUAAAGUGUCUGUCCGAAACGUUGUCGAUUAUCUUCUAUUGUUUCAAAGACAAAUUCCGUACGUAGAACCGAUAUAAAUAUCAAUAAAUAAAAAAUUUCAUAUCCAUAAAA